AUGGCUCCCUCCCUCCAAAUACUAUUUCACUUGCUCUUGGCCGACAAUUUUAUAUCUAGGGGGGUCGCCGGCCAUAUUUUCCAAGAAAGCGGCAAAAAGAUUAAGGCCAAGAAGGCGGAGUAUCGCGUCUUAAUAAAGCACCCAUACCUAAAUAUCGUCCAAUAUAUCCUCUACGUCCCGGAAGGCAUCUUCCUAUACCGAAUAGAAUCCACUGCUAUCGCUUGGCUUGAACGCCUCGGCCUCGUUCACGGCGAUCUCCGGCCGGCCAAUACCCUUCUUAAUAUAAAGGACAACAUCCAGCUUAGCGACUUCGACGCAACCGUUAAGCCAGGCGCGGAACUUAUAGUAACGUACGAGCCUCUCUAUAAGAUAGAUGAGAAUUUCAAACCGCCGCUUGCUGGUCCGGUUAGCGAGCAGUUCUCACUUGCCUCGUACAUCUACAAUAUCCCUCGGGUUAAGAAGCUAAUAAGAGAUGAAUUUCCGUCGGUUUCGGUAGAUUUAGUCUUUAGCGACCAAGAUGUCCUUCCCCGGCUUGGGCGGAGUGCUGCUGAAGACAUAGCUUUGAUGCAAGCAUCCAUCAAGGAGGUUGCUGCGCAGUAUCCUCUGCCGAGAGCUGAAUGUGAGGAAUUCGUGGCAAAGCAGGCGUGGGGAUGA